UAGCUACUCCAACACUUGUUUAGUAUUGAUUCAUAUGAAAACAAAAUUUCUUUAUAUAUGUAUUAAGUGUAGGAUAUGUCUAUGCAAACAAAAAAGGAAAAAAAAUACAAAUGUCAAAUGUGUGAAUACUUGGUAUAAAAAGUGCAUUAUUUUUAAUGUUAUAAAUGCGUGUAUGUGUGAUUUAUAUGAACUAAUACUAAAUGUAUUUAUAAAGACAGAUAGGGACAGUCUUUUAGAAGAUGGGGCUAUUAACAACCAAAAAAAAUAAAAUAGUUUUGUACGAAUGUAUCUAUGAGAUCUCUAAUGCAUAUUUGAUUAAAGCAAUAAAUAAAUUUAGACAGGGAUAUGAACAGGAACAUACCUAAACCAAAGCAGAACGUUUCAUAUAUUAUAUAGCAAUAGUUUCACGAACAAUCUCGUAAUAUAUUGAAUUGACCCUCAGACGAGUUAGCUGCACAUCCGCCGGCUAGCUUCCAAUCUGUUAUAUAUCUCGGAUUUUUUUAUUAAUACAAUCUAUCUAUACCUACAAGUAUAUAUAAAUGGAUUGAUUUGUUCAAGUUCGUAGUCACAAGAAACUAAUACGCUUAACGAGUGGGAAGUAAAUUUAGUAGGGCGACGACUAUUUUAUCUUAUACGUUAUACUAUGUAUACAUCCAAAUAAACAUGAAAUGCGGCAAUAUUGAGUACCAUGUUUAUUAUAAAAUUUUGAACCGAAUAACUUGGUAGAUUAUGGAAACCAAUGUUAGAAAAGGCAUACUGUGUAACAUUACCUAAUAACACCAAUCAUAAAAAUAUUAAUGUAAGUAAAUAUGUAUGUGUAAAGUUGCUUUUAAUAGGGAUAAUGACAAUAUUAAAAACAUAAUUUUUUAUUUAAAAAAAUCUAGACACAUAUUGUUCAUUGUAUCAAUAAUGUAACCGCAAUAAUUCAAUUGGGGCGCGGUACGUUACAGUAAUAAAAUGCGCCGAGACGUGACGUCACGUAGUUCGACUGAAUGUGUCGUCGUAAUUUCGUGAAACCAGAAAUAAUACGAAUUCUGUACAAUAUAGUCAUUAGUCAUCAUCCCUAUUAUUAUAUAACGAGGAAUCAAGUAUCAUAUUAUAAUGUCACGUGAAUGUAAUUUGUUCUCUCGAAAAUGUAUGUGUCACUAGAUUGUAAAAUCAAGGCCGGCUUUAUUAUUAAAUUAGUUAUUAGUUGUAUGCUUUAUGUAAUUUGUUUAAUAAAUGUUAUUCGAUAUACAAACAUAUAUUUGUAAUAAAAUAAUUAGGCAUUUUAUAAUUAGUAAUAAGUUAACAACACUAUAUAGGAGGUCGGAUAUCCAUGUUCGGUGAUAAAAAUACUUGAUCAAAUAAAGUCUUAUUUAAUUUUCUAAAUUAUAAUCCAAAGAAAUACAGCUACUUUGACACAUAGAGCCCAGUUGUGAAUAAAGAUUAAAUGGUGGCGGCAAUAUUUAUAUAUUUUAUAGUAAGGCUUGAGUUUUGUUUGUUCUAUGUCCUCUAGAAGUCUAUGUAUUGUAUAUUGAUGUCUAAAUGAACUUAUAUGUUGCCUUGAAACACUGGUUUGCAUCGGUGUGUGAUCAAAUAGCUAUUUAUACUAAACCUAGAGUCCAUAACGUAACACUAAGACAGUUCACUUAUGUCAUAAGAAGCUUUAUUUUAUAGUUUUCAUAAUUGUUUUGUUCUUGUUACUUAAUAUGCCUGAAUAUGUGGCAUAUGUGUUUAGAAUUUAACAAUGCACAUUACUAAUUAACUAAAAUAGGACGCGAAACACGAUUGAACUUAAUAUAAGAUUUAUUUUGUAAUAAGCUAUACUAAACUUAUAAACAAGGGAUAAUGAUUCUGUAAUUUGUAAGGUUUGUAGAAACUUAUGGUUCUAUGAGUAGUUAUGUAAUAUUAGAUUCGAGCUGUUUCCAAAUAAUAUAAAUUAUAAAGUUAAUUAGUUAUUCGUUUAUUUAAGUGCUAUCGACUGGUGUUUCUUCUUUUCUGUUAGAAUUUUGGGUGUUAAGGAUUUGUUUUUGUGGACUUGGCAUAACUAUUUGCAAAAUAUUAUGAAGCAGCACGAAUUUAAUACUUAGGACAUAACUUAACUAGGACCAAACGUGUUUGUUGCCAUAAUAUGCAACCAUUCAUUAAGCAAUAACAAGUAACUAAGUACUCAAACAUUGUAACUGAUGCCAGGUAUUAACUGUACUCCCAAAUUAUCUAUUAUUGUUGAUCGUUUCACAGGUAUAGUAGUUUAGUUUUAGUAAGUAAGUUCUAUUGCUUUAAACAAGGAGAAAAUAAUUAGUAAAUGCUUAGUGUAAUCGAUUAAGAUAGUUAAUAAUUUACAGUAUCAACAUACACAUACUUUUUAUUAUUGAUGAUAUACAUAGAAGCAAUGGUACAGUUAAGUGUUAUCAGGUGUCAGUGUCAUCAAUAACUGAAUUUACUUCGAAACUCUAUGUGCCUGGCGUCGAAAUUAUCAUCUGCGUCAUUAAGAUCUAAUAUUGAGCACAAAUAAACAGUCAAAUUUUAUAUGUUUAUUACCUACUUAAAAAAGCAGUAGAUAAGCGCGGCAGAACGUAUCAGUGCUGGUAGCACGCUACGACGCAGAUCGCGAAAUUUGCCCAACAUCAAUAAGAGUAAUAUUAGAAUAGAUAAUUAUAAUAUCGCUAAUAAUUUAGCUGUAUGUGAGCAAUGUAGCCAGUCUUAAACAGUUUACUGUAUUAUGUCCGACACCCCCGCACUUACAAUAUAUAAAAAUAUUUACACAUUCAUUUACUAUGAUAUGUUUUUUUUAUUAAUAUAGUCGAAGUAUGAACAAAGUGAUUUUAUGCAAUAAUACCUUUGUUUGUCCUUCAUUGUUUUAAAAUAUUUAGUUACUUUGCUGGAAACUUUAACGAAGCUACACAUGCAAUUGUAAGCUUGAUGAUAAUAAAAUAAUCAUUUUGUAAAAGCUUGACUUAAUCAUCUCGAGGUUGUUGGCGCCCUAAUGUUAACAUAGACUAUUACUUGUCUAGGCUUACAGUUUUGUGGGUAGUUGGUUAGGUUGCUUAGGUUUUACUUAGGUUAUAACCCAUUGCUUGUGUUUGUUUGGAAAACAUUAGUUGUUAAUUAUUUUAUACACAGACUAUGCUUCGUACUCACAUAAUAUGACUCCAACGACACAUUUUUAUCAUGAUGUCUUCAAGUAGGGUUUCCAUUUUUCAUAGAUGAUAAAUAGAUUCAAAUUUCUUCGUGCAGGGUAAACACGAGUUAUGGUACGUCGGAAUGUAUGUAAUAUUUGUGAAGUAGCGCUCAAUUUGCGUUAUAUUUACUAUAAUUGUGUAAUUAAAUGUUCUCUACCCUAA